ACGUUCGUGCAACCGGUUCUCUGCUUUCUGGUCUGAGCAACUCGCUCCUAGCAGUCUCGCGUGCUCUGAACUCCCGCGUGUGUGUUUAUUGCGUGCUGCAACUGCUGCGCCUGAUCUGCCUCUGAUUCGAUCGAUAGAGAAGCGCAAUCAACAACCAAUCAACCGAGCCACCAAACCGAUUCAAAAGCAAAAGGAACAGGACAUCGCCAUGGCCGUUAGCCGACUAUCCAUCAUAAAGUUUCUCGAGCUGGCCCUGGCCAUCACGUGCGUGGUGCUGCACUACAAGAGUCUCGGUGAACGUGACGACACCACCAAGCUGCUGACCGCGGGCACGUUCGUCGGGUAUAGUGUCAUCCUGAUCGCGCUGUUCGCCGGCUACCUGCUGGGCAACCCGCUUAACAAGAAGCUGGACCUGUUCUUCAGCCUGAUCGGUUGCGCAAUGUUCAUCGCGUCGGGCGUGCUGAUCCUCAAGGAGUGGGAGAACGCCUGGAGCACCGACACCAAGAAGAUCGCCAUCACGAAGGGCUCACUGGCAGUCACCAACGGGGUUCUGUUCUUCUUUGACGCCAUCUUCACGUUCCGCGACUAACCGCCCACGUGGCGCACGCCCUGAGGGAUCGUCUUCCCACACUCCCGCCUAUCCUCUACCUGUUUCCUGUUUCCUUUCCUUCUCCUUCUCCUUCUUAUGCAACCGACGGGUUCCGCAUGUACAACCGCACAGAGAGAGAGAGAGAGAGAGAGAGAGAGAGAGAGAGAGAGAGAGAGAGAGAGGCACAAGCAUGGCGAUGGCGGACGGGGGUGUUCGCGGUUCAGUUUAACAACUGGGCACACGCGCGUUUGUGUGGUGAGAAACUUUUUCAAAACUAACCCGCAAUCGAGCGUGCUGUUGAGUACUACGCCAAUGGCGCUAGGUAACGACGACAGUGGAUCACGUCUGCGUCUCCACCACCUCCACCACCACCACCACCAUCGCAGGCUUCGUUUUAAUUCGUUUUUUGUUUUUCUUUUUAAAAACGACUUUUUGAUAUUAAAACAUACAUACAUAUUUACCUCCUAAAUACAUACACAUUAUAUAUGUAUUAGAUAUAUACAUGCACGUAUACAUACACGUAAAAAUGCGCCUUAUAUGAUGGAAGUGUGUACACAUGCCGUACAGGCGUGUAAAUGUGUGUCAUCGUUGGAAAAUAAAAUUAUACAAAACAAUUGCCAUUGAAUCCGCUGCCGGGCGAAAAAUCUACUGGAAGAAAGGAAGGAAGACCGGAAAGAGAAAAGCCUUCACGGUGAGAAGGGCACGGGGAACCGCGCUAUUGUUACUAUGGGCUUCGCGGUUCCUGUAAUCCCUUCGAUCGCACGGCUCACCCGACUAACCGGAUGAGCAUUAAGAGAUGAGAGAGAGAGAGAGAGAGAGAGAGAGAAAGAGAACUUAAAAGAGAAAAUAAAGCAUAAGGAUAUGCCGUGAUUAAUCCCGGACGAUGUGAAAGGGAUGCGCCCUUGCCACCGAGAAUGGGCUUGAUCUAGCAAAAACAACAAAAAACACGGGGUCACGGCGACGAGACGAGACGAGACGAUGUUGGCCAGCCAUUAUGCAACACUCGAAUAACUGCUACUAGCAGCAGCAUCUGGACAAGGAGUUAGAUGCAUAAAUGAAAUGAUAUGAAACCCCAAAUAAAAUGAAAACCCGAGAAAACUA